CACCAACAAUGUAAUGAAUACCAGAUAAGAAAUACUGUCUUUAUAUAAGCAUUUUGAUAUUAAUUCGUACAAAGAAAGGCCACGGUGUCUGACAAAAUGAGAGCAUGUUUACUAUUUGUGGUGGUGGUAUGCCUGCACGUGGCUACAUGCUCCGAGCCGUGCGUGGAUCUCGAUGAGGAAGGAUGCCGUCACAAUCCCCACAUCUGUGAAGACAUCAUUCUCGCAAAGGCCGCAUGUCCAGCUAUGUGCGAAUUAUGCCCAAAUGAUCUGCACACGACGACAGCUGCCACGAAUGCGCCAUCGGCCAAAUUAUCCACCUGUCCGAACAACUGGGAGCUCUUCCAAGGCUCCUGCUAUUAUUUUAAACCUGACUUCAUGGAGUUCAACGAUUCAGAGCUUUUCUGUAACCUAAACAAUGGCCACCUCGUCCAUAUCGACAACGCAGCUGAACAAGCCUUCGUCACAAAUAGGAUACUUAAUAUAAACCGCAAUCAAAGCUGGUGGAUCGGUCUCAGAGAUACGGAGGUAGAAGGAGUGUACCGAUGGGUAGAUACAGAUGAAGUACUGGCACCGCCGAUGUUCAUAGACUGGGAACCGACACAGCCUCUUGAUGCUUACAAUAUCGAAGAUUGUGUAGGGCUGUGGUGGGCUAGGUCUAUGCUUUGGAAUGACAUGUCGUGCAAAAAUAAGUUCCCUUCAAUUUGUGAACUAAGUGUUGGUCAGCUGGCUGUGGUCAUUGGAUAGCCUUGUUAUGGUGAUUCAACCUCGUCUGGUUUUGACAGUAAAAGGACACGUCUUCUGUUGCAGUUUUGUUUUGUUUUUAUGCUAGAUAGCAUGACCUAACACAGAAUAAAACGAUUGUGUUUG